GAAAAAAAGAGGACACAGAAGAAGAAGUUGUAGUCGUCUUGUGAAACAUGCCCUCUCCGAGUUGAUGAUUAAUUGUCCUGCCGGACGUUUGUAAUCCCAUCAAACAGGAAAAGUGUGAGCUGAAAGACAAGCAGAGCAGGAGCACCACUUGGCGCAGCAGCUUUAACUGGAUCAGUGUCUGCUGCCAAAAUGUUGUCUGAAGGAGGCUCUUUCAUGAAGGGGAUGUUCAUGGGAGCAAUUUUCUGCUUAGUGCUGUCGCUCCUGGGUAGUUUCAGCCCCAGCACAGAUUCCAGUACAGAGGACCAACACCAUCAUCAUCAUGUCCAGGCUCCGAGUAAAGACGAGCUGAAACGCCUCUCUGACAGUCAGGUGCAGGAGUUGAGCAAUCAGGUCCGGGUUUAUUGCAUCAUCAUGGUCCAGCCCAAGAUCCUUGUUUACUGGGCUACAGCUGUGGACACCUGGAGCAAACACUGUGACAAGGCUGUGUUUUAUACCUCGGAGUCCUCUAAGGCGCUCGAGGCAGUGGACCUGGACGAAAAAGAUGACUGGGCGAGGUUACGUAAAGCUUUAAAGCAUGCGUAUGAGAACGCUGGAGACCUGCGUUGGUUCUUUGUGGCACAACCCACCACGUUUGCCAUCAUCGAGAACCUCAAAUACCUGGUGCUCACAAAGGACCCCAGUGAGCCCUUCUACCUUGGCAACGCCAUGAAGUCGGGGGAGCUUGAAUACGUGGCGUACGAAAGUGGCAUUGUUCUGAGUUAUGAGGCUCUGAACAGGCUGGUGAAUGUAUUCCAGGAUGAAGACAAAUGUCCAGAGAGAGGACGAGCCCUGUGGAAGCUGAGUGAGGACAAGCAGCUGGCCGUGUGUCUCAAAUAUACAGGCGUGUAUGCUGAGAACGGUGAGGAUGCGCACGGAAAGGGCCUGUUCAGCAGCAAGAGCGUCAACACAUUGAUAACAGACAGCAUGAAGGAUAACCCCAAUAAUGUAGUGGAGGGCUGCUGCUCUGACAUGGCAGUCACGUUCAGCGGGAUGUCGCCGAAUCAGAUGCAGGUUAUGAUGUUUGGAGUUUACAGACUUCGUCCUUACGGGCACGAAUUUCAUGACUCGUUAGUAUUUUACCCUCCUGAAAAUUCAGACAAUGACUAGAGACUCAUUCCUCAUUCCUUCGUGCUGGAUGUGGGAUUUUAAAUUGUUUUGCGUCUGUGAUGGCAAAACUGAGUACGGGAGAUGGUUUUCUUAUGGUGUUUGUAAAAUUUGAUUGUGGGGGGGGCAACAACACUUUUAUGUAUAUUCAUACCUUUUGCACUUGGCACAAUCAGCACCCCAUUUCUUUGUGGUGUGGGUAAAUAGAGUCAAUGGGUAUGCUGUCCUCUUGAAUGAAGAUAGUGACAUGAGACAAGACUAUCUGGAAGUUCUGGUUAUUGUUCUAUUGUUAUGUAUCUUAAAUGUCUUUUUGUUGUCUUAAAGCUGCUUAGUUAUCAAGUGAUACACUGUUCUGAAAUUAUUUAACUGUUCAAAGUGCUUGGCCCUCUUAACUACAUUAUGAAUGACUUAUUUUUUUCUCUGUGAAUGCAUCUCCUGACUUAUUUAAAGACGGUCCUGAAGCACCAAUAGUCAGUAUUGAAUCAUACAUAUCAUAGCCUGGCCCAGUUCUAAAUGAAGUGCAUUUUUGCCAUGUUACACUAGUUAUCUCUGCAUAUGAAGAACUGGCCCUCACUGCAUAAUGAAAUAUGAGAAAAGUAUAUUUGUUCUGUCACAUAUGAAAAAGAAAAAAAGACAAAAAAAAAGAGAGAAGAGAGUGGAAGUGUCAUUGUUCCACUGACAUUUUAAAAACACACACAAAACUGACUAUGACUCAUUUUUUUUAAAUAAGUGACUUGGAUAAUAAAAAUAAAUAAAAUUAAUCACUGAAUAAA